GGAGCCUGGGCCCCAGCAGACCCCUGCUCACAUGAGGACGAGGUCGUCCCUCCGCUCCCGUGUCACCGCUCGGCCGCCCUGGCGCGCUCUGACUCUGUCUGUCCUGCAGCUGACGCCGGGUGGAAAGGCGGCCCAGGCCGGCGUGGGAGUGGGUGACUGGGUGCUGUACAUCGACGGGGAAAGCACCAGCUCCAUGACACACAUCGAGGCCCAGAACAGGAUUCGUGCCUGCGGGGACAGGCUCUGCCUCACCCUGAGCAGAGCCCAGAACCACCUGGGGAAGCCGCAGAAGGACUCACUCCCCUGCUCUGAACCCCUGAAAUAUAACUUCGCUCCCAGCACCGCCCUCAACAAAACAGCUCGGCCAUUCGGGGCCAGCUCAGCUCCGAACCCACGGCCCGGGCUGGUGACGAAACCCGUGACGUAUGCGCCCCUGGCGCCCACCUGCACCCCCCAGCACAAUGGGUAUGUUGCUGUCCGUCCUGCUCCCCGAGGAUCGGGGGGAGCCUGCUGCCCAGCCCUGCUGCGCCUUGCAUGCCAGGCACCCAUGGGUGGGAGCGGGUGA